AUUCGUUUGUUUACGAGUUUUGCGGACUUGAAGUCACCAUCUAACUUUUGGGUAAAUGGAAACUUGUAUCAACCAAAUAUGACUUGUGCAUAUAUUUGUAUAAAAAGUGACUCCAUAUUUUAAUAACUUAAAAAUUCAAUUUAAUUCAUCACCCUUAAAAGGAAAAAAAAAAAGUUUUAACACAUAUUUUAUUUUGCAUAUAACUAUAAACGCUAAGUGACAACCUAUUAAACUAUGGCUAAAGAAAUGCAGAAGUUUUAUAUAUCGCAUGGCUCCAAUAAAUUUAUAGUAGAACUUUCUUCGAAUUCUCCAACACUAAAAGAACUAGCUGAAGUGAUUGAAGAAAAAUGCAAUGUUCCAGUUAACAGGCAAAAACUUGUAUGCAAGGGAAAGACAUUGACUCCAUUAACUGCAACUUUAAAUGAGUUAAAAGUUUGUACAAAAAGCAAAAUCAUGGUUAUUGGAAAAAAGGUUGACUUAGCAGAAGAAGAAGCUCUAAGAACAAUAAGAAAAACAAAUGAAACUGCUUCUGAAUACCUAAAGAAACUUGAAGAUAUUAAACAAGAAAUAGACGGUUUAGAAAAAGGCUUUUUGGCAAAAGAAUUAUUGGCCGAAAGUUUAAUCAAACUUGAGAAAAAAAUCACAAUUUUAAUUGAAGAAUUUAUGACAUUAUUGGAUACUUUAGAUUCUUUAGUGUUAGAAGAGAGUUUUGUAGAUGCACGCAGUAAUCGUAAAUCUUUAAUUUCUAAAAUAAAUGAUUACAUUUCGCAAGCAGACCAGCACGAAGAAAAAAUAAAAGAAAUAUCUAAACUAUAGCUUUUAAUAAGUGAACCAAACAGUUUACGGAGAUGAAAUAAGUGACCUAAAUACUUGGAGAUAAAGUAAAAUUGAUUAAAAUCUUUUUUAAACGGAAAAAUUAAACGGAAUGUAAUGGAUCUAAUGACGUAACGAGAAAAGAUAAGAAAAAUGUGUUAA